AAGAUGCUGCAAAGGAGUCUCCAUCGGGUUCCGUCUCCGAAGCACCCAAGAAAUCUUCAAAGAAGUCCAAGAAAGGCACGGACAUGAACAAAGUCUACAACUCUGUGAUCAACAGUGUUUUCGGGGCGGAAAGAGAACUGGCCCAAGCUGAAUUAGAUGAGCUGCAAGAGGCCUUCAAGGAGUUUGACUACGACCAAGAUGGCUACCUGAACUACAAAGACGUGGCGGAGUGCAUGAGGACGAUGGGCUACAUGCCCACGGAGAUGGAGCUGCUGGAGAUCGUGCAGCAGAUCAAGAUGAGAAUGGGCGGACUGAUGGACUUCGAGGACUUCACUGAGCUGAUGGGACCCCGGAUGAUGGGGGAGACGGCCGGCAUGCUGGGGCUGAAGGAGCUCCAGUCGGCCUUCGUGCAGUUCGACCUGGAUGGAGACGGAAAGAUCAAUCAGGACGAGAUGAAGGAGGCGGUCAAGACGCUCCUGGGGGAGAAGCUCAAAAAAGGCGAGCUGGAGGAGAUCCUGAAGGAGCUGGACAUCAACGCGGACGGAAUGAUCGACUUCGAAGAGUUCGUGAUGAUGCUCUCUAUUCGCUGACGCCUGGGAGGA